GUAUGCAUGAAGUUAGUGUUUUAAUUUUGUUCGUUAGUUUCCAGCACGAAUUGUAGAGGGCAUAAUCAAAAUUUCCCGCCGAUUUCAACGUUCCUCAGUUGUGAGAACACGUUUGUUCUUGUCGGGUGUACGUGUUUAUUUCUCUGAUUAGUUUUAACAAAUUCUAUGAAAUUCGUGUGUGUUUUUUUAAAAUAUGUGUUUAUUCAGUGUAUAAAAAUAUGGUGAUGCAGUAAAUAGACGAGUUCAAGCGAUUUCUCUGUAACGUUAUACAGUAUGCGCUAAAACCGUAAUCAGAAGCAUAGGUUCGUUAACGACUCUCAUCGCGACUUCCUCGAGACUGCAGCCCUUCGAGAAGAAGCGGUCACGGUACGAGGAUGAACAAUUACGAAGAUCGCAGAAGGCCGCGGACAGGUGGUUCGAAGAAGCCGAGGACUGCGUUCGUCGUAGGAAAUGACCAUGACGAGCGUGGCUGUCGCCCCGGGUAGCCUCGGUGCACCACCAUCUAUGCUCACCCCGAAGAUGUAUCAUUUACAGCAGGGGUUAAAUUCAACAUCGGCCUCACCCACUCCAGGAAAAAAUUACGACACACUGAGCAAAGGAAAAAAGUCGUGGAGUGUGAGACUGGGUCUAUCGCGGCAGAAUCAGAGCACCGAUGAUCCCGGAAAAGGGUGGGGAACGAUAAGCGGCGGUAGCGGGAUUUCCCGUCAAAUGAUCUAUGGUGAUCCAUGGCUGUACGGUACGGUUCGAUCUUCGAGGGCUGGUCACGAGCCACGAGGAUUCAUGACACCACCACCACCACCACCACCGGGAGCACCAGUGUUGGUAGUAUGUUCCUGUCCAGAAUUUCUCAGCGGAACCACCCGGAAGUUCGGCAAUUGCCGCAAGUGCGGUGGUCACCGAUUGGCUGGUGUACCUUUAGGAGGAACAUGUCGACUUCCGUCGGUUUCCUCGAGAUCCAGACCCAGCCUCGCGGGAGUUCUGAGGUCACCGAUAGACGAUCCGUACGACCAGAUGCGUCGGAACCGUCUGAUGGAACCUCGGACACGGGCUCGCAGUAUUUCGCCGCACCGGCCGUUGUCCCAGCGGGAUUCCCGGAGCCAGAGUGUGGCAAGGAACCCGAAGGAGCGCAAAAGCUCGAUCGAGGGUACCUGCUCGAGGUCCGAAUGGUUCGACAAAGAAGCGAGUUACGAGGAAACGGCGCGAAAGUCACGAGCGAGCUUCACUGGUGUAUCCACCGGCGACGAUUGGUUAGAGGAGGCGCCUUCUUCGGAUCAGCCACGAGGUCAAUCGACUUCCACGACGCCAGGCAGGCUGGUUCGGAUACCGAAGAAGAUCAAAGGCAGAGAUUGGCCGGAUCGUGUGGUGGUAAAAGGAACGGAGACGAAGAGCCAGGAUGAGAUGUGGAAAGAGAGGCCGUCCAGCGCCGGCGAUUCCAGGAGGAGCAUCCUCGAGUGCGACGUGAAUCCGUACCUUUUACUGAAGAAGCACAAGGACGAGGACGAUCUGAGCGACGAUCUGUCGGACAACGCGCUCGAACAGGAGGACAAUAGACCCCUCUCGAGCCUGUUCGAUUCGUCGAAGGUGAAAUCGAUCGAGAGGAUACCGAACAGGAGUGCGGUGGCGGCGAUCGGCGGUCAACGAAUCAGGGUGUUCAACGAACCACGGGAAAUCUCGGACGACGAAGAGAUCCCACCGGUCACCAGGAUUCCCAUACCAAAGGUUUCACCGAAACGGCCGCCGAGGCGGUUGAAGGAAGCCAAACAAACGUUGAAGAGUAUCCUGAAGCGGGGCAAAGUGGUCGAGACCAGAAGAAAGAACGUUCUGUUCAACGUCGACAACGUUAUAUUCGCUCCUGAGAAGCCGUCGGAGGUGACCCGACUGUCCUGGAGCAGAAUCGGCAGGAUCUGCGUCUCUGCCAGAGAACAAAGGGACAAUGACGAGUCUGUGGAGGAGGAAGAGGACGACGAAGAGGAGGAGGAGGAGGUGCCAAUAACGUCGCACGAACAAAGGGAAAAGUACAAUUUCAUCACUAUUCCAAAUAUCAGGGAUCCGAAGGAGGACAGGGUCAGACUGAAGGAGCCCAGAAUCGCGCAGGAUAUGUGCCAAAACCCCGUUUACAUGGACGGGAUUAAGGUAGAUAAAUUUAUACCUCCCGGCAAUGCCGAGCGUGCUUUCGCGAAGAAGAAGAAAGAGGAGCCGACGCGAAAGAGCGAGGAUAUUUCGAGAAGCUUUGCCGAUCAGACGACCGUUCAUCCGGUGAGACACGAGAAUAACAAGGAAGAAAUCGAGGAAAGGAAAAGGAUAACGGAAGAAGUGAACGUGGACAAGAUGGAGGAGGAUACGGAGAUGCAGAUCGAGAUCGAGGAACAUGAAAAUCGCAUUCCUGGAAUUGCCGUCGAUGAAAAGGACUUGAUACUGAAAUCUGAGGUUGCAGAGAAUUCGAAAAGACCGCCAUUAUCGCGCAGUCAAAGCGAACGAUCGUCCAACAGACCCGAAGUAUCGGCUGCCGACGUGUUUUUCAUGGACACCAUGCGUAUCAGCCUUUGCAGAAAACUGAAAGACACAUCGUCCUCGUUAAACUCGAGCGAGCAAACGCUUCACCAAGAAGAUUCGAUCGAAUCGUCGAAAGAAACCAUAGAAAACGUGAGCCCCGACGACUCGACUGAACAAGAGUCGUCGAAAGCCAAGGAAGCAGAGGAAGCGGUAGAAGACAGGAUACAAACGAUUAAAACGGAAACAGAACAAUUGCGAGAAUCUCCUAGCACUUUUGAAAGAAACAACGAUCACUUCCGAGGGAUGCGACCCACCAGCUGGUCUCCUCCUCCUGGAAAACCGAAACACCGUUACAGGAUCAGCGAUCCUGGUAUAAAAACUAAAGUUUUCGAUCCGUCCGAAACGAGUUCAACGUUGAAGACCACCUGGAACACGUCGAGUUCCUACAAUUCUUCGAAGGUGGAGAUCGGUACACCGACAACGGAGAACAACGUGUACAAGAUCACGGUGAGUCCUCGAGCCUCACCUCUCGUCCAUCGGUUACAAAUCGGUCCCGGCACCAAUGGCUCGAGGAGGACCUCCAUUUUGAUCAACGGUGACGCCACGGCGCCCAGCGCAGCCGAAACAACGCCGGACAACAAGGUGACCAUUAGCGUCGGAGGAGAGGACAGUGUCUACAAUCCUACAGUGAUUUCCGUCAACUCGGAUAAUCCUCCUCGGAUAAAAACCUCCGGCGAGAAUCGCACGCUCGUCAUCCUGGAGAACUACAAGUCGAACAUCGUCGUGGAGACGGGCAAAGAGGAUACGAAAAAGACAGAGUCCGUCGAGGAUGUUCCUCUCAAAACUAACAAAGCUGGGGACAAAACUUCGGAUUCCGAUAGCAAACCCGUCAGUACCGAGAAAAGCGCGAAGUUCUACGUGAGCGAUCAGAAGAGUGAUCAGAAGGAGCCGGAGAAGUCGAAGCUGUCCGGACUUUCGAAAGAAGCGUUGAUCUCGAAGUUGCUCGAGGAUUCGCUGCGAAAAGCGCGGGAAAAUGGGGAGAUAUUGAACGAAGAUAGCGGCGAGGCUAUCUUGAAGAUCCUGAAGCAGAGCUUGUUGAAGACCAAGGAGUACGAGAGUUCUGAAUCGACUCUCGAGGCUAAUUAUUCGAGAGCAAGCAGCUUGAAUUCGGAAGGUGACUUCAUCUCGACGAAUUUGUUCCUCGAGGAGAAUCCUUACGAGGUAAUCAAGGAACCCAUUUACGAGGAGAUCCCUGAUGAACCUCCGCCGCUGCCGUUGAGCCCGCCACCGACAGAGGACUAUAUCAAGGAUAGAAUUUAUUUCGGUGACGUCGAUUAUUAUAGGAAGAACAAUUCUGAACAGUUCCUCGACACUUACUUAACGGACAAUGUCUUCAAGAAAUCUAAUCCUGAAGAUAUCACGGAGAACUAUCUGUCGAAGAGUCCAGAGGAUUUCUUCAAGAAAAUGUCCACGUCGCCGGAGAAGGAAAAUAUUUCCAGCAAGUUCGAGUUACUGAAUUUUUUGAUGGACUCGAAAGAUCGAGCGAUCUCGGUUGAAGAGGAGGAGGACGACGAUGAAGAGGAUGAAGAGGAUACCGAGGGGGAUUUGGAGGCUUUGUAUGAACAGAAGGAGACUAGUCUUGGAGAUCUCAGCUCGAAAAGCUCGCAGAUUUCUAAUGUUUCUGACAGCAGCGAGGAAUGCAAUAUUAUAUUGACUAGCUCGUCGGAAACAUCAAAGGCAAGGGCUGUAGAUAUAGAAAGAACUGAUAGUGGAGUGGGAUCAGAAAGUAGUCAGGCUAGCAGCACUCGAGGCGUGCCGAGACGUUGGAGAACAGGAAAUGUCUCUUCGGGACCAGGAAGUCUCCUCGGUGGAAUCCCACAAGUGAUUUCCGGUGAUUCAAAGCUCUGCGAAGAUUGCGAACAACGUUUGGAUCCUUUAAUAACUGACAGUGGUGUGGUGUACGCUCCUUUCGUAUGCAGAAAAUGUUCCAAAAAAAGAGUGGAACGUAAAGAAAUCAUUACAGAAAUCGUAGAGACUGAACUGAAAUAUGGAAGAGAUUUGCAAAUCAUACUAGAAGAAUUUCAUCGACCUAUGCUGAGGGCUGGCCUUCUAACUUCUGAUCAACUUACAGCAAUUUUUCUCAACGUCGAGGAACUUCUAGAGCAUAACCUUGUACUUGCAGAGAAACUGAAAGAUGCCGUGGAAUUUGCUCAGGAGUCAGGGGACGAAGAUCUGUUGACAGUCGACGUCGGAAAAAUUUUCUUAGAGUCCGAACGAAUGCUUCACGCUUUUGAAAGUUACUGUACCCGUCAAGGAAGCGCAAGUUUAUUAUUACAGAACUUAGAGAAAGAGAAAGAGUUACUGCGAAUCUUUCUGAGAGUUUCACAAAUGGAAAACACAGUUCUACGUAGGAUGAACUUGAAUUCUUUCCUCAUGGUUCCAGUUCAAAGAGUAACAAAAUAUCCUCUUCUGCUGGCUCGAUUAUUGAAAGCCACGCCAUCCGUAAGACCAGAUAUUCAAGAAGCAAAAGAAAGACUAAAACAAGCACAGGCUAAUAUAGAAUUGCAUUUGGAACACAUGAAUGCUGAAGCGAAAGACGUAACUUCGACGAAGCUUUGGAGGAGAAUUUCGAUUAUACAAAAUGGUAGACGACCCAUUGGUGAACAGGAUAUGGUCAACAUCAAGUUGAGGAAGAUGGCCGUGGAAGUAUUAGAAUGGGCUCACGAAGAAGCGAAAUUCGUUUUGGAAGGACGACUUUUGGUUGCACAACCAACAGAUAAUAAUUGGAGACGCGGACGGACUGUCAAGCUAGCUCCUGUUACUGCCAUGUUGGUUACUAAUGGCAAACCAAAUGGGGAGGACCUUGAAUUUAACGACGACUCCCUUUUUCCGAGACACAUAGGUAUCAAAGAAGCUACCCUUCUGUUGGUCAAAGAAAAACUUGGUCGUUACUCUUUAUUGCGUGAACCAUUGUAUCUUGAUAAGUGUAUUGUAUGCUGUGAAACAGACCUUGAAGAUUAUUUCGAAAUUCAAGAAUUGUCGUCCAAGGAAACUUUUAUAUUUAAGGCCGAAGACGGAGCCAGAACAAAAAGAUGGUGUAGAACGUUACAAGCGCACGCUCAAUCUCUCGGUGCAUGGCGCAGACGUCGCGGAGCAUUGCCAAAUAUCAUGAUAUGUGGUGUUGCAAGAAAUUAAUAAAGGAUCCAGACACAGUUAGAUAUAAAAGUCAAACCUAUAUACACUUACAGCAAUUAUUUAAAGGUUACAAUGAUUCCUAAACGCACGAGUGAACAAACAGCCGUACGAUCUCCGGAUGAAUAUUGAUUUAUUGAGGAGAAUGUGUUGGACCAAAGGAUUUCCUCUGCUCAUUGACGACACAUGUCGAUGAGUGACACGAAAGUCUAGUUCUCACCGCACGCGUAAAUGCGUUCGGUUACAGUACGUUGCAGAAACUAAAGUUUCCUACGUAGCUGUAGUCAACACGUUGUAUAGCGUCAAAUCGCAUUAAGCUAUUCUCUUUUUCCUCUUGAAACUGCGCACAUAUAUCAGAUCGGGUUAAUUAUGGCAGGACCGUUUAAUUGUAAUUUACAUUCGAACCGAAAGAGCAGAGUAGCUGUGAUACUGACCGGUGUAUUGGGUACUUUCACGUUUCGCAAUGUCAAAUUCUGCGAUGCGAGUUCGAGUUUCUUUCCUAUGUAAGUACUUAUUGUACGAGAUUUAAGUUUUGAGUGAACAUCGAUAAUAGUGCGUAUAAUAUUUAAAGAAAUAAAAAACGAGGUAAUAGGGUUGUCGCAUUUUGUACCUACGAUUUAUGAAAAACCAAGAAACUGCCAAAUGUUUCGUAAACCAAGCUUGACGAUUUAUAAAUUAAUUAAUUUACUGCAUACCUUGAUUAAUUAUUAACAGUAUUUUAUGCCGUCUAACACGUAAAAUAGGAAUUGUACAUUGUACUAUAAUUUUAUUUAAGAUGUAAGCCAUAUGUUUGUAUAUAGAUGUAUAUUUAUACUGAGAUUGGUUUUAGCUAUACAACUGUUAUAUUAAAUACAUCAUUCAAUAAAAAUCAAAUAUACCUAC